AUGCCGACCCGACCGACAGCGCGAUGCUGCCGAGCCGUAAAACACCUCCGCGCCCCCCUCGACAAUGUCUGGAUCACCGACAGCGUCCUCGCCAGUGCCUUUGAGCGAUACUGCCACGCUUCGAGGCUCUCGCGUCGCAAUUCGAGCUCUGUGCCUGGGCCCUUGGAGAACCGCAAGAGACUCGGCAAGAGGAGGAUCACAGGGCUCUACUCGGCAGACUUCCAGCCCACGCUGCCGCCAUGGCUCAUCGAGUUUCCUGCGGACCUGACGCAGUGGAAGUGGUCCCCGCCUACUGAGCCUGCGUCUCGGCUGAGAAUGGAGGAGUCGCCGCCGCCCAAGUCGUGGUCUCUGCUCACGUGGGUGGAUCAGCUGCUCCCCGCCGAGGAAGCCGUUGACUACCCGAGACAAGAGUACGAUGAUGUGCUGCAGCCUUCUGAUGACUUUUCCGAGAGGCUCGAGGAGACGCGUGAGGCGUUGCUGAAAUCGUUGGUCAAGCUUGAUCCCGAUUUCCGUCUCGCAAUGGACCGCCUCCAACAUGACAUCUACCUGGGGCUGCUCACCUUGGAAGCCAUACCAAAAGCCCUUUCUUCUUUCACAGCUGCCAUUGUAGCGGCCCGGCAAGAUCCGCAGGUCGCGCGUUCUGCCACCACUGCAUUGCUCUCAGCUAUCAUCAAAGGCAUGGCGUACUCGAGAGUUCAGGGUCUCGCCGAGGCCAGCCCCCACCUCUGCAACACACUACUUCGUCGGGUUUCUGAGCUGCCGGCCAGCAGGGCCAGUGCCGAACUGAUUUGCACCAUCCUUACCGUCGUGCCGGACCAGCACAUGAAUCGCCUGGGAGAAGGUCUACACGCGGCGUUGCAGACGUGGCUCGCCGCUCCUGCGCGGGUAUACGAAUUGUCGGCACCGCUGAUGGCAAACGCCCUAGCCAGAAUAUCGCCCCGAGAACACGCCGCACUGCUCGCCGGCAUGGAAUCUGUCGCCAUGCGUCAUGAGGGGUCACACAUCGGUCAUGGUCGUCGCCUACGGUGGCUUGACAUUCUCGCCAGGAUGCCUCAGGUCGACACGACCUUCCUCCUCGAAGCGUGCUCUCGCUCCUCUAUCUUUGGCCAAGCAUCUUCAACAGCACCCUCGUAUGACCUCAGCAAACUCCUCCUCCAGCAGUGGCAAAGCCGCGGCUACCUGCGCAACGCGCGACAGGUGCAGAGCGCAUGGAAGCGUGAAGCCAGCACCGACCAGGAACUGAGUAUGAGCUCCCUCGCCUGGCACAUUGGCACCCUCGAACACCCCGGCGACGGCGGCAGCCACCGCAUUGGCCUUCUCAUGAGCCUCUUCCGCGCGCUGCGCCGCCUCGACAUGAUCGACGGCUUUCUCGCCUCCUUUGACAAGUACUGCCGCACGCGCCAGAGCAGCAACAGCAACAGCCUCAUCGAAGUGGGCUUCAGAGCCAUCGCCCUCGCCAGCAAGGACCACAGAAUAGCGACAGCCAUGUACGAGCUCAUGAAACGCCACCGCGGCACCAACAGGCCGGCGGCACUCCGCACAUGGUCCUGGAACGACUGGCACCCGUAUAUCAAACCCAUGAUCCUCGACGCGGACGUGGACCCCAACCUCGUCUGGGAAGUCCUCCACUCGGAAUCGCCCGCUGAGCGCACGCGCCGCCAUCCCCACCAACAAAACACCACCACCACCACCAACAUGAUGCGCUCGACGCGCUCGGCCGAGCUCCGCCUCCGCACGAAGCAAAAGCUCGUCGCCGACAUGGCCGUCUGGUUCUCGCGCGCCCCGCACCUCUCGGACCGCGCGGCGCUGCGGCACGUCUCGCGCUGCAACGCCUGGCUCGCGGCGCAGGGCCUGACGCUGCCGGCGGCGGGGCUCGAGGCCGUCGUCCGGGUCGCGGUGCGGGACCUCAAGAGGGGCGAGCCCGGGCGGACGGCGAGGCUCAACUGGGCGCUCGACCUGACGCAGCGCAGGCUUGGGGUUGAGCAGGCGGAGAAGACGGGGCGCGUGCUGGAGAUGUGGAGGCGGAGAAAUGCCGACCUGGGGGGGCCUUAG